AUGGAAGUGAAUGAGCUGUUGAAAAAAGGAUACUUGAGAGAAUACUUGUCUGAUAAAACCCGAAAUCGAUUGGAUGGCGAAAGCAAUAAGCAAAUCGCGAUCACAGACGCUCCGCUUUUACCUCCAAAACAUGAUCGAGUUAUCAAUGUUAUCUCUGGAGGAUCAGAAAUAAGCCGUAUCACUCAUUCAGCUGCAAAGAGAAACACUAAAGCUUUCAAGAACCCUCAAAGCAAAGGGAAUGCUACACAAAGCGACAUGCCAGCAUGCACAAUAACAUUUAUAACCAAUGACAACAGCGUAUCAACCCCGCAUCACGAUGCAUUAGUCAUACAAUUGACAGUGGCGAAUUGCCUGAUGAAGAGGAUAUUAAUCGACAAUGGAAGCUCAACCAACAUCCUUUACAUGCAAGCAUACAAAGAGUUGGGUCUCGACAAAGAAGGACUGACACGAAAAUCUAUCCCAUUAGUGGGAUUCAGCGGUAAGGUCAAGCAGAGUAUUGGUGAAGUGACACUUCCAGUAUAUGCUGAGGGGGUUAACAAACACACAAAGUUUUUGGUAGUGGACUGUGCUUCAGCUUACAAUGCUAUUAUGGGGCGCCCUUGGGUUCACGACAUGGGAGCCAUCCCAUCGACUCUACACCAAAUUAUCAAAUUUCCCACCCCAUGGGGAGUGAAAGAGAUUGCAGGGGAACAAGAGAGUUCACGCUCAUGUUAUCAGACUACCUUAAAGGGUAAAGGUCAACAAUUAUAG